CGUACCAUGAUCUCUCACCUUUAGCCCUUACGCCCAACUGUGUCAAUAUGGAGCUUUUCAUGCACAAUCUACCUCCACAUAUCACCGACAAUGAGCUAAAAAGGCAUCUGACGCCCUUGGUGAAUUCUCUCGGGAUCAGGGACUGGAGCUGUCAGAAGCAGCGGAAGAAGAAGUUUGGAAACAUCACAUUCCUAUAUGCCAAUGACGGCACGCGAUUUCAGAAACAGACCCCCGUGGUGAUACUAAACACCCCCGCCUACUGCAAGCCUAGCAAAUACGAUCCGGAUCCUUUCCUCCUAAAAAGCUUGGCCAAGUCAGCCGAGGAUCGUCAGGAAGCCGAACAAUAUCAAUAUCCCCAUAAGGCAGCAAAUGUGGUAGUCGCCGUUCAGUCGUUUUCAUGUGGUUAUUACAGCUACGUUGAUAACAAACUCGUCUAUUCACCCGAACUAGAGUGGGAGACGGAAAGAGGGAUUGCAAAGUUUGUCAAAAAUACACUGAUAGUCACGUUCGGUGGUCCUGGGCGUCCGAAGCGUAUUGAGAUACCUUAUCGAAUCGUCGAGGGGAUUAUCGUCUCGACACAGCUGCGAGCCUUGACCUUGACAUUGUGGGAAACCCCACGAUUGUUUGAGGAGGCCGAUCAAGAUUUGGCUAUGCUCAUGGCUAGUCUAGGAUUCCAACAACGAUCCCACGUCCCUUCGAGAACCCGACUUUCUGAGCUUCCACACAGUACACAGAGUCACCGCGCAAUUUCUGGGCAGUCACUAGUCUACCGUAUGGUACUAUCGGCUGCAGAAUUUGGCAAAACCACCAAGCAAUUGCUCGAGUUGGACUGCUUUGCAAUUUCACACUAUAAUUUCCCAGCAGUUCCGUUACAUGCACAAAGAAGCUUGGUAGAAGGACUGAAGUCUUUCAACAUGGCAGUUCAAGAGUUUGCUGAUGUGCUGCCAUUCAGCGUGCUCUAUCAAUUAGAGGCCUUAGUAAGGAAUGGAUUCCUCCUCCCGUGGACGGUUGAGACGCUCCUGAUACGGAUGGCGACGAUUACAAAGGGAAAGCAGAAACUCAACAAGGAAGAAAAUGCCAGAGUGAGCUCUGUCCCAAAUACCAAGCAACUGCCAUACGAUAUGAAGCGAUGUCCAAUCUCAGCUGGGGCCGUGAAGAAGCUGUUCUCACAAUUACCCUUCCCUAGCCUUGAGGUUGACGCUUCCACAUUUGGGGUUAGCGAGAUCUGGGGAUACCUCGAGGACAACGAGAAGGAAAUUCGAAAGGGGCUUGGCAUGAAACUCAUAUCAGAGAGAGCACGUCAAAACCUCACCGAGGUCUUUAAGGUCAAUAUCACGCCAACUGGAAUGACUUUGCAGGGGCCCGAACCUGAGGCAAAGAAUCGCAUACUACGGCGGUUCCCCGACCACACCGAGUACUUUAUUCGGGUGCAGUUUUGCGAAGAGGAUGGAACAGACGUCCAAUUCAACUCGAGAGUCUCUAACGACCGGAUCUAUCAGCGGUUCAAGGAUGUUUUCAAGAACGGUAUCGCUAUUGGUGGAAGAGUGUACGGCUUUCUGGGAUUCUCCCAUUCCUCGCUCCGGAGCCACGCAGCCUGGUUUAUGGCUCCGUUCGUUCACGAGUCCAAGCUUCAGACCUACUUCUCCAUUAUAUCCCACCUUGGCCACUUUUCCGACAUAUACUCUACGGCUCGUUGCGCCGCUCGAAUCGGGCAAGCAUUCUCUGAAACCCCAGUCGCGGUUUCGCUCAGUGCAAACAGCAUCCAGAACGAUUUACUCCCAGAUGUCAAAUCGAAGGACGGUAGUCGAGUCUUUAGCGAUGGCGUAGGAACAAUAUCCCAACAAGCUAUGGAAGCUAUUCAUGCAGUAAUGGCCCGGCGAAAAGCUCUUCCCACUUGUUUCCAGAUUAGGUGGGGUGGCGCGAAGGGUAUGCUUGCGCUUGAUGCCCGCCUAGAAGGCAAGGUGAUGAUGGUGCGUCCUUCGAUGGUCAAAUUCGAGAGUAACGAUAAGGCAAACCUCGAGAUUUGCGAUAUGGCUAACAAGCCAAUUCCCCUGGUGCUAAAUCGACAGACAAUCAAGAUUUUGGAAGAUCUGGGCGUGCCUAAAGAAUGGUUCUUUCAGCAGCAGAAUCGAGCCCUGCGUCGCCUCCAACUGAUUACAGCUCAUAUAGCCAACACUGUUGGAUUUCUCCAAAGACAGAAGAUUGCUGAUAGCAUCGGAUUCCCACAGCUGCUCAGGCGACUGAGUGAAAUCGGAAUUGACUACCGGAAUGAUCGUUUCCUCUGCUCGGUAGUGGAAACAACAAUUCUCUGUGAGCUGCGUUUACUGAAGCAUAAGGCGAGAAUACCGAUUGAAAAAGGCGUUACGCUCUUUGGAAUCAUGGAUGAAACGGGCUAUCUCGAAGAAGGAGAAGUAUACGUGACCUUCGAUGAUGCUGACUUUAUUAGCGGCCACAUGUCAGAUCUUGAUGGGUUGGAGGUCAUUGUCACCCGCUCGCCUGCUUUGCACCCAGGCGACAUACAACUGGCCACUAACAUCAUUCCACCUGACUUCCAUCCGCUACGGAUGUUGAAGAACUGCAUUGUAUUCUCGCAGAAGGGCAAAAGAGAUCUGCCUAGUUGUCUCAGUGGAGGUGACUUGGACGGCGACCUCUACGGCAUCAUAUGGGAUCAGCGUGCCGUAAAACAGUGCAAUUCCCUCUACGAACCUGCCGACUAUCCCCGUGUUGAGCCUCUAAACCUUGGACGGACAGUUACUCGUGAGGACAUGACCGACUUUUUCGUGCAAUUCAUGGCAACGGAUCAACUUGGCCUCAUCGCUGUGAAGCACAUGAUAUUAGCGGACCAGAAAGAUGCAGGUACCGCGGAUCAAGAUUGUUUGUUGCUAGCCCAGAUGCAUUCGACCGGUGUUGAUUACUCAAAAUCGGGCAUACCCGUUGAUAUGUCAUUGUUCAGGCAACUCAAAUCGAACAAAUACCGGCCUGACUUCCUUGCACCUGCCCCGCCCGCCAAUAUACAGGACCGAACCGAGAUCUUGUUCGAUGUGCCAACUGCCCCAUCAGCCAACGACAACGACGAAGACGAGAAUCCUGGGCCGACCCACCUCUACUAUCGCUCCGAUAGAAUCCUUGGACUACUAUACAGAGCGAUUGAUGAGAAGAAGAUCUGGUUUGAGAACAUAAAGUUUCCAGUCCACCACGGUGUUGGCGUCUUCGAUGGGCUCUUUAGCUAUAUCAAGUCAGAGUGCGCUAGCAAGCUCGGAGGGAUCAGUUGGACGAGUGCCAUUACAGAAAAGGCAUGGGAAAUUCGGCAUGCCUAUGAGGGCGCUAUCGCUACGACGACCCUGGAUUAUUCAGAACAUGCUGCCAUCAGUAUCACAGAACUCGAAGUCUUCACGGGUAGCAUCUACAAUAGGUCUGGUGUCCAUACACGUCGUCAACGAGACAAGUCCCUUCGUCUUAGGGAUGAGUUUGAACGUAUUGCAAAGUGGGCACAGGGUGUCAUGCGCAAGCGCGACAUAGCAACUGAAGAAGAAGGACAAAACGAUGAAGCAGAUACGCCUGAUGAAGCCCUUGCUCUUAGUCUUGCCUGCCUGCAUGUAGGUUGUAUCAAUGACACAGGCAAAUCUUCCUCGGACUUGGUGCGACGUGGGGGAAGCCCGUUUUACAGCUUCAAGGUUGUCGCUGCCUGUUGCGCGGUAAAGGAACUUGAUGCUGCUAUCAGACGGGCAGAAACGGUCAGUGUAGAAACUGAAUUUGCUAGCCUGACUUGACUGCUCAUGCAAGCGGGCGGCAUUGUCGUCUUAAUAAUCCCUAGCCCUAGGGGAGAUGAAAUAUAACAUUGACAUACGUUUCCUUCGUUGAUAAAAGUCUACGAGUAUAACAACUGCGGU